AGGCGCGGCGCGGCGAGCAGGCGCCCACAGCUCGGGGCGGGCAGUGCUUGGGGGUCGUGAUGUCUGGCAGAGGCAAGGGCGGGAAGGGGCUCGGCAAGGGGGGCGCCAAGCGGCACCGCAAAGUGUUGCGCGACAACAUCCAGGGCAUCACCAAGCCGGCCAUCCGGCGCCUGGCUCGGCGCGGCGGCGUGAAGCGCAUCUCGGGGCUCAUCUACGAGGAGACGCGCGGCGUGCUGAAGGUGUUCCUGGAGAACGUGAUCCGCGACGCCGUCACCUACACGGAGCACGCCAAGCGCAAGACGGUCACGGCCAUGGACGUGGUGUACGCCCUCAAGCGCCAGGGACGCACCCUCUACGGCUUCGGCGGCUAAAGCGUUAGUUUAGUUUUCUCUGCGCCCUAUCUCGAUAACCAACCCAAAGGCUCUUUUAAGAGCCACCCACU